AAUAACUCAACUUUAAAAAAAAAAAAAUAAUGAAACAAAAUAAAUUCAAAAAGCAAAUAAUAAAAAGUUAAAUAUAUAAUAUAAAAUAUACAUUAAAAGAGGAAGUCUAAUACUUCGAAUCGUAACUGAACUGCUAUUUUUACACAGUAAUAGAAAGUCCCUAAAUAGUAGUGAAAUUAUCAGACUCAAACAUUGAAUUAAUGAAUUAAUAUUACCAAUAAGAAGUAUUUGCAUGGACAAAAAUAAAAGAAGAAAAAACAUUAAUACCAUUAUUAAAACAAAAUGAAAAUUAUCAUCCAAACCUAUUAGAAACAAAAGCAGCUUUUCGUUAAUAAAUAAAAGAUAACGAAUUAUGUGUAUUAAUAUUAGAAUAUUGUCCAAAAGGUUCAUUAUAGUAAAUAUUUGAUAAAUUACCUUAAUACGCCAUGAAGGAAAUUCAAAUAAUCAGAAUAGGUCGUGAUAUUCUAUAAGGCCUUUACUUUUUAUAAACUCGACCCAACCCUUUAAUCCAUCGUAAUAUAAACAUGAAAAAUAUAUUAUUUGGGGAAGAUAACAAUUAUAAAAUAGGAAAUUUCCAAAACGUAACUACACAUUAAUAUUAAUCGAUUUCCAGUGAUGAAUUUGCCUCUGUAGAUUAAGAAAUAUCCAAGAAUUCCAGCGAAGGUUUCCGUGCUCCUGAAUAACUUUAUUUAAACUUAGGUUAUCCAAUAAAUGAGAUGGUCGAUGUAUAUGCUGUGGGAGUAAUUUUAUAUAUUUUAUGUUAUAAUAAGAACCCUUUUAAUGUCUAUAGUGUGGAAAAUUGCAAUAAAUAAAUCGAAUUACCGGAUUUUCCGAAAUAUAGUAAAAACUUAUAAACUUUAAUUCAAAAACUUUUAACUCCUAAUCCAUUUUUUAGACCAAAACCUCUAGUUUUGUUAUAGUUCAUAUUGAGUUGUUGGCAAGACUUGAAAAUACCUUAAACUAAUACAGGAUUAUUAGAUAAUAAUAUAUUCAAGAAUAUAUAAGAAAUAGAAAUUAAAUAAAAUACGAUUUCUAAAUUGAUGAUAUUUAUGUAUAAUAAAAGUACUAAAGGAUGGCUUUUGGCUACUCUAUAGGAAAAUUAAGAAGAACCAAAUUAAAAUUUUAUUCAGAAAUUAAUUAUUAAGGCAUGGUAAAAAAAAGAAAAAAUCUAAAAAUUUUAUGAGAUGUUUUUAUAAUUUAUGACAAUAUAAAAUACCCAAAAUACUAUAAUUUGCUUAAAAUCGUUAAUUUUAUUACACAAUUAUGUAAAAAAAGGCCCUUUGGAGACAGUUUUUAAAAAUAAUGGAUAAAAAAAAGGGUCAUCGAAUGAUAUUUUAAAUUAAAUUAUUUCAGUUUGGUAAAAUAUAGACCCUAAGGAUAAUUCUUAGGAUAAAAUUAGAUCCAUUUUUACUACUAAACUUAUUAAUAUGUAUGCAUAAAGAUUAAGAUAAAAAAUUAAUUUGGCUAAUUAGUAUUCUGGUUUUUUGGAAGGUAAUUUCUCGUUAAAACCAUUUUUAGAUAAUGUUGGAAAAAAUAAUAAUAAUAAUAAUAAUAACCUUUUGAAAUGGUAAUUAAUUGAAGAUUUAUUAAAUUAUAUGAAUUAAUUAGUGGUUUUUUCAAAUGAGAUUUUAAGUUAGAAUAUUAUAAUGGAAAUUCAAAUGAGUGUUUAUGUCUAAUUAGUAGAUGAAAUGUAUUGUCUUUUGUGUACACUGACAUUUUUACUUGUUUGUUUUAUAAAAUCAAGUGUUUUUUUAGAAUAAAAUUAAAGUAAGUGUUUUUUUGAAGGAAAAAUUUAAGAAUUUAAGAAUUCUUAUGAGAAUUUAUUCGAUUAGUGUUUAUAGUUUUUUAAAAAAUUUUCUCAUUUUAAAAACUUUGUUAGUAUUUUAGUAGAUCAUAAGGUUUUGGAGUUUGUUUUGGGGUUAAAAUCAUUUUAAAAUGAAGAGUUUAAUAUUUUUUCGUUUCUAAAUUAUAAUAAGUCUAUUUUUGGAUUGUAUUUGCCUUUAAGUUAUGGAGUUACUAUUCCUUCUAUAUAAGAUGAUUUAAAAAAAGAUAUUAAAUUUUCAGGAAAGAAAAAAGAGUUAAAAAAUGAUGAAUUAAAAUAAAAUAGUAUAUCUAAUAGUUUUGAAAAGAAAAACAAUAAAACAAAUAAAAAAUAAAAUUAGGGAAUACUUUUAGUUGAUUAAGACUAAGAAGAUUUCAAUUUAGCAAAUUAAUAUGAAUAAAUAGAAAUAGAAAACAAAAAUUAACAUUUAUUAUAAGACAAGUAAAAUUAAGAAAAAAAAUUCGAAAAUAGCAAAAAAACAAACAAUAGUAAGAAAAGUUUAUAUAAAGAAGAAGAAAAAAGUAUGAUGAAUGAAUCCUAUGAUGAAGAAAAUGAAUAAAAUAACAAAUUAACAUUUGCUCAUUAAACUUUAAAUUAAUAAUAAUUUAAUAAUGAAUAAAUAUUAAAUAGUGAAUAAUAUAAAAAUAUUAACUUUUGGGAUUUUUCUGAUGUUAUUGGGAAUAAUAUUUAAAAUAGUUAAUAAUUCCAUAAUUAGAAAAGUUAGUCGGCUAUAAAUUUUUAUUUUAAUGAUUAAUAAAAAAUAAAUCAAUAAUAAAAUGAUUUUGAAUUAUUUGAUAAUUUUAGUGCUUUAAAAAAUUAAAAAUCUAUGAGUAAUUAAGCUACAAAUCAAAAUUUUGAUUUUUGGAACUUUAGUAAUGUAAAUACUCAAAAAUAAUAAAAAAAUGAAAAUUAAUAAUAUAACUAAUAAUAAUAAUAAUUUAAAUAUUAAUUAAAUUUUAAUAAUAAUAAUAUAGAAAAAACUAUUCAAAUGAAAAAUUAAUAAUAAAACGAUAUUUUUUAAGAAUUUAAAUUUUAAAAUUUCGAUUAUUAAUAAAACUAAAAUUAAAUGAAUAAUAAUAAUAAUAAAUAAUAAAAUUUUUAAGAGAAAAUAUAAUAAAAUUAAUGGUAAUAAAACUUUAAUUAAUUAUAACAAUAAUAAAAUAAUUGGUAAAAUUUUAAAUAAAAUGAAAAUAUUUAAGAAUUCAAUAAUAAUAAUAAUUAAGAUAAUGAAUUAGAUAAUCAUAAUUCUACUUCUUCUUAUAAUAGUGAAAGUAUUCAAGAGUUAAAAUAAUUUAUAAUAAACCGAGUAUAGCAUAAUCCUAAAAAUAUUAUUAUCAAUUUCAAUAGAUUAACUUUUGGCAAAUAAAUUGGAUCAGGACAUUCAGCUAAAGUAUAUAAAGGUUUAUUUAAUUAACUAGAAGUAGCAAUAAAAGAAAUUAAUUAUCUUUAAUAGGAGUGA